AUGGACGGCGGCGAAGCGGGUGGCGGUGGCGGGGGGCUCCUGCAGCAGAUCCUCAGCCUGCGCCUCGUGCCCCGCGUGGGCAAUGGCACCACCACCUACUCCAGCCCGCUCUCCACUUUCCCAGAGAUGUGGUACGGUGUCUUCCUGUGGGCAGUCGUGUCCUCCCUCGCCUUCCACGUCCCGGCCGCGCUGCUUGCGCUCUUCACGCUCCGGCACCACAAGUACGGCCGGUUCAUGUCCGUGAGCGUGCUGCUGAUGGGCAUCGUGGGACCCAUCACCGCCGGCACCCUCACAAGUGCUGCCAUUGCUGGAGUUUACAGAGCUGCAGGGAAAAAAAUGAUUCCCUUUGAGGCGCUCAUUUUUGGCGUGGGCCAGACCUUCUGUGUGGUGGUGGUUUCCUUCCUGCGCAUCCUGGCCACUCUGUAGCUCCUCUGGAGAGGCUGGAGAGCACAAACCAGAGGGGGAGCACAGGACCUGCUGCCUCAGAACAAAGCACAGGGAGCACAGCUCCAGCCUUGUGUUUCUUCUGCUGAUUUAAGGAAUUGGGGCUGCUCGCUCUUGCCUCCAGCCUGGCUUGAAAUUUUAAAAUUGUGAAUUUUGUUACUUUUUGGUAACAUUAAGUGCCAAGUGAAGCUUUAUUUCUCUGGAGGGUAGGAAGAUGGUUCCCAGAGGAGGAGACCCAGGUACCUGUCACCAGUGAUGGACUGUAGUGACAGGACAUGACUAAAAUGGGGCACCAGCUGUGCUGGGGUAGGAACAGGACCAGAGUGACACUGUGUCCUCAGAGCUCACUCACCACUUUGUUGCUUGGUUUUCAGUGAACCUGAAGCUCUUUUAAUGCCAGUUUUAAAAUUAAAAAAUUGUUUUCUUUCUGGCCCAAACUUCUUAAUACCAGGUGAUAGCCAUAGUGGAUUUGGGAGCAGCAAAAGGAGAACUCAUUUUAGAUGGAUGAGAGUGCAGAUUUGUGUCUGGGAGCUCUGGCUGUGAAUGCUGCACAGGGGAAAUGACUGGUAUAAAAGAGAUUUUGUGAAUUUUAUUACAGCAAAGCUCUUCUGGCCCUGUGAAUGUUUUGCCCAGAGUCAAAGCAGAGUGGAGUGGGCACUCCAGAAAUGCCA